AUGGCUUCAGGCCCUCGGACCCCCGUGCUCCUGGCUGUCACCCUGCUCUGCCUGCCCUGGCCUGAGGAGGUGGGCGCCUUCCCGGCCAUGCCCCUGUCUGGCCUGUUUGGCAACGCCGUGCUUCGCGCUCAGCACCUGCACCAGCUGGCGGCUGACACCUACAAAGAGUUUGAGCGCGCCUACAUCCCGGAGGGGCAGAGGUACUCCAUCCAGAACGCCCAGGCUGCCUUCUGCUUCUCGGAGACCAUCCCCGCGCCCACGGGCAAGGACGAGGCCCAGCAGAGAUCUGACGUGGAGCUGCUGCGCUUCUCCCUGCUGCUCAUCCAGUCCUGGCUCGGACCCGCGCAGUUCCUCAGCAGGGUCUUCACCAACAGCCUGGUGCUCGGCACCUCCGACCGCUUCUACGAGAAGCUGAAGGACUUGGAGGAAGGCAUCCAAGCCCUGAUGCGGGAGCUGGAGGAUGGCAGCCCCCGGCCCGGGCAGAUCCUCAGGCAGACCUACGACAAGUUUGACACGAACCUGCGUGGUGACGACGCGGUGCUCAAGAACUACGGGCUGCUGUCCUGCUUCAAGAAGGACCUACACAAGGCCGAGACCUACCUGCGGGUGGUGCGGUGCCGCCGCGUGGUGGAGAGCAGCUGUGCCCUCUAG